AAAUUGAUUUACUGUAUACCGAAUUAGUGGUGAUAGUGACAUUUUUUCAGUUAAUUUGUUAUCGUUUCUUGUUCCCAUAAUUUACGUUUAAUCAAAUUCUCAUAACCGAAAAUGAGUGCUGAAAAUUUUGAUUUAGUUCUUAAAGGAACCCUCGAAGGUCAUUCUGGAUGGGUUACCCAAAUUGCUACCAACAGCCGAUUCCCUAAUAUGAUUUUGUCUUCAUCUCGAGACAAAAGUUUGAUCCUCUGGAAGCUAGUUAAGGAAGAUUCAUCUUAUGGUGUACCGCAAAAACGACUCACUGGCCAUGGUCAUUUCAUUACUGACGUUGUUCUUUCUAUGGAUGGUCAGUAUGCAUUGUCUGGAUCCUGGGAUAAAACUUUGAGGCUAUGGGAUCUCAACGUUGGCAAAACCACUAGACGUUUUGAGGACCAUACCAAGGAUGUUUUAAGUGUUGCUUUUUCCCCUGACAACCGACAAAUUGUUUCCGGUUCACGCGACAAGACUAUCAAACUUUGGAACACCUUGGCUCAAUGUAAAUACACUAUUCAUGAAGAUGGCCAUUCUGAUUGGAUUUCAUGUGUUAGAUUUUCUCCAAGCAAUAACAACCCAAUAAUUGUUAGCUGUGGUUGGGAUCGCGUUGUUAAAGUUUGGAAUUUGAGCAAUUGUCGUCUUAAGAAUAAUCACAUUGGACAUACUGGUUAUCUUAACACCGUUACUGUUUCUCCUGAUGGGUCUUUAUGUGCAUCAGGUGGUAAAGAUUACAAAGCCAUGCUUUGGGAUCUCAAUGAAGGCAAACACCUUUACACUCUUGACCAUAACGAUAUUAUUAAUACUUUAUGCUUUUCUCCUAAUCGUUACUGGUUGUGUGUCGCUACCGGACCUUCAAUCAAAAUCUGGGAUUUAGAAACCAAACAAGUUGUAGACGAAUUGAAACCUGAGGUUAUUUCUACAAACAAAAAUAAGGCUCCUCAAUGCCUUUGCUUAUCUUGGUCUGACGAUGGAUCAACUUUAUUUGCCGGUUAUACCGAUAAUCUUAUUCGAGUUUGGCAAGUAGUUCCAUCAAGAAUGAUGUAAUUAUCUUAUUCAACAAUUCAAAUAAAUUAAUAAACUGAUAAAACCUUUCGGACAUUCUAA